GAGGGGUGGAUUCUACUGGUUUUACUUUAGUUCCUUUUACAAGAGCUCAGAAUCACAACAAGGAAACUCACCCCAAAGAUGAGCUUCGCAUGUCAAAUCUUAGCCAGCUUCCUCCUGAUGUUCAGCUUUUCUACCACAGGUGAAACCCCUGGAAACAAUACAGUCUAUGGUAUCCUGGAUCAGGACAUUAACUUGGACAUUUCUGAUUCUCAAAUGAAUAAUGAUUUCGCUGAUAUACAGUGGGAAAAAGAUGGAGCCAGGAUUGCACGCCGAAAGAACGAGACUGACCCGCAAAACGAUAAAUACCAAGUAUUUAAAAAUGGGACUCUGAAAAUUAAACAUCUGAAGAGAAAUGACAGCGGUAACUACAAGGCAAGCACAUAUAGUGAAACAGGAAAACACGUUUUAGAAAAAACAUUUGAUUUGAAGAUUCUAGAGGCCGUCUCAAAGCCUGUGAUCUCCUGGAGUUGUACAAACACAACCCUGACCUGUGAGGUAAAAAAAGGAACUGACUAUAAAUUAAGACUGUAUCGAAAAGGGAUCAGUAUUAAAGAAGAUCAUAAGAUCAUAGUAUACAAAUGGAAAAACGUGAAUGAAUUAUACAACUGCAUUGCAAGUAAUGAAGCCAGUGAGGAAAACGACACGGUGACCAUCACGUGUUCAGGAAAAGUGGAUAUCUACCUCAUCGUGGGCAUAUGUGGAGCAGGCAUCACCUUCUUCAUCUUCGUGGCCCUACUCAUUGUCUACAUCAGCAAGAGGAAAAAACAGCACAGAAGGAGAGAUGGUGAGGAGCUGGACAUCAGAGUACAUAGAAUAACCUCCGAGGAAAGGACCCAGAAGCCCCACCAAAUUCCAGGCUCAGCUCCUCAGAAUCCGGCUGUGUCCCAACCUCCUCCACCCCCUGGUCAUCGCACCCAGGCACCUGGUCAUCGUCCCCCACCUCCUGGCCACCGUGUCCAGCACCAGCAGCAGCAGCAGCAGCAGCAGCAGAAGAGGCCUCUUCCUCCCCAUGGCACACAAGGUCACCAGCAGAAAGGCCCCCCUCUCCCCAGGCCUCGAGUUCAACCAAAACCUCCCCGUGGGUUCACGGAAAACUCAUAACUGUCUCCUGGCACCGUUGUCCCCUUCCUCUAAUUCAAGACAUAGAAACCAUCCUUUCCCAGAAAGGCGCUGUGGAAAUCCCGCCCCCCGGCGUGCAUGCCUGCACUUCCAUCGAGUGUAUCCUAGUAGAACGUUAUCGUCUCCUGAGCCCAUGGGCCACAGCCAUACUGCACCCUUUCUCAGAAACAUGGUCUAACAUCUGGGUGCUCUGGCCUCCUCCUAGAGCUCCACCACACCAGGAAGGAAAAGACAAUAAAAGUGCCAUUGUUAAGAUGAUGGGUGACCGAGCACAAAAUCCUACAGCACUCUGCACCUCCCUGUGUGACGUCCGGGAGUCGCUGAGCCUGUGUCUCAUUGCCAGCUGCCUGCCUGCUCAAAGGACUCUGGGGUGUCUUACGUGCCUGGUGGACACUUGCCCACCAUCCCGGGAGUAGACUGGAAAUAAAAGCUUUAAUUUGA